AUGGCUUCUGCAUCAGCGUCUAAGUAUAAUUCACACUCCUUGCUGAAUGCAUCCAUGAAGAAGGUAUCUCAAGAUGAAGUCAAUCAAGAUUUCUUGUUCAGUGAUGUCCUGUGGAGGAAGUUCUGUAAGAAGAGAUGGCUCUUCUGUGACAUGGCCAACCCACACCUCCUGGGCACAGAGACAUGGAAGCAGUUCUAUGUUUACCGAACAUGGCAAGAACACACUACGUCCCGGGCAAAGCCAGAAGAAUUCACCUACAAGGAAAUUCCUGCAGAGUAUGGGGUCCGGGCAUAUGCAUGUUAUCUCUCAGGGUGUGACUUAACAAGAAACGGACAAGCCAAGUCCCUCAUCUGUAUGGUGACUUCCGUGAACAGGAUUUGCACCUGGGAUAUUCAUGAGGGCAUUAGGACUUGGGAAAGCCCAGGAAAUCCCAUCAUUAUCAAGUGGUUGACCACCCUCCCUGAGAUGCACAUGGCAGUCACUGUAGAUGUAGAAUCAACUAUCAAACUGUGGGACUGUCAGAGUAGGGAAGCUCUGGUGACAAACAACCUGUUCUUUUGCUGUCAAUCACUGAAAGCUGCCGAUACCAAGGAUGGCCCAAUUGUCUUGGAAGGAGAUACCUCGGGUAACCUCUAUGUCUUUAGGAUUCCCGACUUACACCUCAUUUCCAGAGUCAAUGUAUUCCCAUACGGUAUUGAUGAAAUCUACUGCUCUCCUCAGAAGAAAUGGGUCUUUCUGAUUAGGAAACACCCACAAAUCUUGCCAAAGGUGUUUUACAUGAACAGCUUACUGAGGACAUCAGAAUUCUCUGCUCCUGGGUCUACCAAUCUCAAAUUUUCAUUUUGCAAAAGAGCCUUCUGGACCCCAAGAAGGGAAGACAGGAUAACCCUGAUGUCCAUGAGUGUCCCCCCAAUAAACACAAAAUUUGUCACAUUUGAUAUGAAGCUGGAACAGAUAGCAACAGAAACAAUUGUUAAAGGCUGCCUCCCCAUGGCCAAGGACCUGGACUUGUCAGACUUCUCCACUGUGCUGUGGAAGACUUUGUAG